AUGUUGGGGAUCAAACAGAUAUUUGGCAAGCUGCAUUCCACAUUUCAUUUGCAGGUAAAUAUGUCAAAUUUGAAACGUGGUGCGCAUGCUCUUUUUCCGCCUCCAGACGCCAUACUUCGGGAUUAUUUCGAUGCAGGAUACAAUGAUGCGCUGGACUUUUUGGCUUCCAAGGGAUUUAUGGAACCUGAUGAAAAGACUGCACUGAAGGACACUGUGGAAAAGCAAAACUGUUAUUGA